UCAUGCUGGUGACGUACCCAGGCGACCGUUGUAACUUGACAGCUGAGCAAGAAAUACUCCUAAAAUGAGCUGAUUAGCGACAUAACAAGCAAUUUGCUUUCAAGCAAAUCAUGUUGGCGUGACCUGAAACAGUCCCCGACCCGACUGCAGUGAAUUUUCGACGGACUCAAAGCGUGUUUUACAGACAUCAUCAUGUCGUUUCUAGUGGACUCAGUCAUCAUGUUCACCUCACAGGUGCUGUUCUUUGGAUUUGGCUGGUUAUUCUUUAUGCGGCAGCUGUUCAAAGACUAUGAGGUGCGACAGUAUGUUGUCCAGGUGGUUUUUUCUGUCACCUUUGCUUUUUCGUGUACCAUGUUCGAGCUCAUUAUCUUUGAGAUACUGGGUGCCUUAAGCAGCAGUUCCAGGUAUUUCCACUGGAAGCUGAAUCUGUAUGUGAUUCUGCUGGUUCUAAUCUUUGUGGUGCCUUUCUACAUCGGUUACUUUGUCGUCAGCAACAUACGCCUUUUGCAGAGACAAAGGCUUCUUUUUGCCUGUAUGGUCUGGUUUACCUUCAUGUAUUUCUUCUGGAAGCUGGGAGACCCAUUCCCCAUCUUGAGUCCAAAACAUGGAAUUCUGUCCAUUGAGCAGCUAAUCAGUCGUGUCGGUGUGAUUGGAGUCACUCUCAUGGCUCUGCUGUCUGGGUUUGGUGCUGUCAACUGUCCCUACACGUACAUGUCCUAUUUCCUCAGAAAUGUAACAGACAGCGACAUCCUUGCUCUGGAGAGACGGCUGCUCCAAACUAUGGACAUGAUUGUCAGCAAAAAGAAAAGAAUUGCCAUGACACGGAGGCAGAUGUACCAACGUGGGGAAGACCAGAACAAACAGACAGGAUUCUGGGGCAUGAUCAAGAGCGUCACCUCUACACAGACAGGAAGUGAAAACCUCUCUCUGAUCCAGCAGGAGGUUGAUGCUUUAGAGGAGCUGAGUCGGCAACUGUUUCUUGAGACCGUGGACUUACAAUCCACCAAGGAGCGAAUCGAGUACUCAAAGACAUUCCAGGGAAAAUACUUCAACUUCCUUGGCUACUUCUUUUCCAUCUACUGUGUUUGGAAAAUCUUCAUGGCAACUAUAAACAUAGUGUUUGAUCGAGUUGGAAAGACGGAUCCAGUGACCAGGGGGAUUGAAAUUACAGUGAACUACUUGGGCAUCCAGUUUGAUGUAAAGUUUUGGUCCCAACACAUCUCUUUCAUCCUGGUGGGGAUAAUCAUCGUUACGUCCAUACGCGGUUUACUCAUUACCCUCACCAAGUUCUUCUAUGCAAUAUCAAGCAGCAAGUCUUCCAACGUCAUCGUGCUUGUCCUCGCUCAGAUCAUGGGGAUGUAUUUUGUGUCGUCUGUGCUGCUAAUGCGAAUGAGCAUGCCGCUGGAGUAUCGCUCCAUUGUGACGGAGGUUCUGGGAGAGCUGCAGUUCAACUUCUAUCACCGCUGGUUCGAUGUUAUCUUCCUGGUCAGCGCCCUGUCCAGCAUCCUCUUCCUUUAUCUCGCCCACAAGCAGGCACCAGAAAAACACAUGGCCCUCUGAUCCCCCUGCAGUGCAUCUCCUCUCUCGGAUAUGACUCCUGACGGACGGGCUGACUUUUAAUCUGGGAUUUAGAUAUAUCCGGAAAUCACAUUUUUUUUAUAUAUAUAUAUAUAUCGGAUAUAAUUAUUUGGACUGCCUGUUCCUGAAUCAGGAAUAGCUGAUUUUUGGGUGCAAGUGAUGGGGAACUGUUGGAGCACACAAGGAAACAACUUUGCAAUUACAGUAUUUCCAGAAUUUAGAAUUUAUUUUUAUCCUGCGAAUGCAAAUACUACGUUUGCUGUGCUCUUCAAGUUUCAUUCUUCUUGCCAAAAUGUCUUGUCUGUCUGAACACACUGGAGCUAAACAUGAAGAAACGAUUAAGAUACCACUCACGAGCUGUAUUUUUACGUGACUGUAAUUCUCAGCAAAAUGUUCAGUUAUUUCAUCAGGAACAACAACAGAAGAUAACCAUAAAGUUAAUUCAGAUGCUA